AUGGCGACCACUCCCCACCUCCCAACAGCGCUCUCGGUUGCCUUUCUGACUCUCCAGGUUGCUCUUAUUGCUGGCGAGAUCAGCAACAGUGUUCCGGGCGAAGUGAGCCUGGUUGGAGAGUGGAGGGCGUUCCCGGGGAGGAGCUUUUCGGCGCCCGGCGGAUCGGCGCACCUAGGGGGAAGAGGCGCCGUGCUGCAACGAAAUGUCACUGGCUUCGUUCCAGGUAACGCCUACAGACUGUCCUUCCAAAUGAAGGGUGACGUCAGCACGUCGGUCGCCCUAGUCUUCUCCAGUGGCGCGACCGCAAUCAUGACAUCGACCGUGGAUGACGGGAGGGUCAAGGUCGGCUACUUCAUAGCGGCUGAAAGCAGCGGGACGCUCGCGGUUUCUCUUUUUGGCAAGGGAAAAGCAGCGGAGGCAUACCCUGAUGACGUCACAAUCACUCCAGUUUCUCCUUCCAACUCCAACAAACUUCCAGCAGAAGCCUUGACCAGGCGAGAGGUGAUCUCCGUAGCCCUUGGGGACGCCUGCCCUUCGACGGCUCCCAAUCCCUGCUACAACUGGGACGGUUCCAGCAAGGCUUGCUGCCCCGACGGGUGCGGAAUCAACACGGGUCCUAUGGCGAGUUGCACUGGAGGAUGCACCUCCGAGGCGAGUGCCCGCACUGAACCUCGCGGCUUCAUUCAGAUUUUAUAA